AUGCCCGCCCGCUCGCACGACCACCUGUCGGACCGGACGGUCCUCGUCAUCAGCCUGGCCAUCUAUGCCGCCAACGCGUUCCUCCUCGCGCCCUCGACCCGGGACUGGUUCGGGUUCCUCGCCUCGUCGCUCCUCCUCGUCGUCGUCAACUGCGCCGCGGUCGAGUGCGCCUUUGUCGCCGACCGUCGCAAGCUCGUCGUCGCACAGAUCGUCUCGAUCAGCGCCAUGAUCCUCGUCGUCGUCCUCGGGUUCUUCCUCCUCGUCACGUCCCAAGAGGCCGAGCGCGUGCGCGACAAGGUGUACCCGGUCGUGCUCGCGCUCUACAUCUUUGUCACGUUCCUCAUCACGCGAUGCAGCCUCGCGGAGCAGGAGGACUCGACGGCGGCGGUGGCGGCCGAGGAGGGACAGGCCGGCGGCGGCGCGGCGGGCGAGGGCAGCAGCGAGCGCGCCGACGGUGUGAGGGCGGCGACGGCGGCGGCGGCGGCGGCUGACGGCGCGAGCGACGUCUGGGCGGGCGAGGCGAGCGGGCAGUCGGCCAAGGGAGGCUUCUUCUCGAGUGCCCCUCCAGCGCCCCCUGGCUACGCGGCAGUCCCGUCGGCCGAGCAGUAG